UCUCUCUCUCUCUCACACUCUCACACACACACUCCCUGAACUCUCUGUGGGGUGGGACACACACACUCUGAGGGAGGGGUAAGAGGAGAGAGAGUUGACUCUCACAGACGUACACUGGUACAGAGGAAACUUCACGUGGAACUUUCCGGCACUUUCUCAACCCAUGGUUUCAUACUUGCUCGGAUACGUUUGAGAAAAGGCUCAGUAUUUUUUGUUUCAUUUCCCAGAAGGAUUAUGCCAGGACAUGCCUUCAGCAGCUGAACAGAUCGGCUUGUACCAGAAUGCUUUGGAAUUUCUCCUUGCUCUCUGGCAUAAUAGCAUUUUUAGUAAACUGUGAUAUCUAGACGACUACUUCUGUGUGUUUGGAGAAGGUGUUUGUCUGUGCAGUGCUGUGUGUUUAUAUUCUGACAGGGUUAGAGAGCAGCAGGGGAGCUAGCUGACCUGACUGAGGGACUUGGGUAUUUGCCACAACAAAGGUCUUUUGUUCCUGUAAACCGUGUAAGUGGGCCAGGACCAGCGUGGAGAGCUGGAGGUGGGGGAGAUGAGCCUUUUGUGACACUCUGAAUGGAAGCACUGUGUUGGACUAGCUCACUACCUGGCUUCCUGCUUGGCUCCCAGUCAAUUGGCUUUCUGCAAACACUACCUCAGUGACAGUGUGGAAAUGGACAGUGUCAGUAACGGCAGCUGUGAUGGACAGGGGAAAGCCCCUCCUAGUUCCUUCCUCAACAUGUUCUCCACCAUCUUCACACGCGAGCGGACUGACUCAGCCAGGCAGGCUGGGGCAGACACAGCCGUCCUGACCUCCUUCAAGAUCCUGUCUGAUGACGACAGCUGUGCCAGUGAGGGUGAUCAAAGUGCCCAGGAUCUUAUCAGUGGUGACGGCCCCCCCGCUGACGGGCCCCCCGCUGGGACAAAGGUGAGGAGUGGGCCUCCCUCCCCCGCGGCCCCUCCCCCUGACGCUGAGCAGACUGUUGAAUCCUGGGAGAUUGAGUCCUGUAAGGAGAAUGAGGCGAAUGUGGAGAGCAUGGCCGAUCCAGACCUGGUCCAGGUCACCAUGGUCGAGACCUUCAGUGAUGAAGAGUCUGGGGAUGACGAGGCGUUUAGCAGCCUCGGCCAAUCACAUGAGAUCGCCAUCCCUGGGCCGCACCACCCGAGCGAGGAGGACAAGAGCGGAUUGGAGGACGGUAAUGCGAGUCAGCUGUCAUGUCGUCCUGCACAGAGAGAUACCACUGAGUCAGAGCAGCGCCUGGCUGCUAGGAGAGCACACAGCCUUGUGGAGAGGUCCCUCAAAGACACCUCUGUUCUCUUCACUGCCAGGUUCACACGGCCGUGUCCCUCUGAGACAGAUCCUGCACUGCUCUCCUCCGCCAGCAAGCAGACAGCUCCUGAAGAAGCCCCCGCCACUCUCCCGUCGCCUGGCCCGGCGCAACCAGAGCCAGGAGCCAUGGGCUCAGAGGGGUCCAAGCCGGCCAGCAGCUCCCGGGGUCUGGAGGCAGGAACAGGCCUGGACACCGGCUCCCCUCCACCCUCGUCUCUCAAGUCUCUGAGCUUUAGAGCGCGGGCCUGCCAGGCUGGAGCUGAACAUCCUGCCUCUCCACCAGGGCAGGACGGGGGGCAUGGGGAGAAGCCCCGGUCCUGCAAGAGGACAGAGAGGACAUGCAGCCUGGACUCUCCCACCAUCGGCUCCAGGCCCAGGCCAGCCUCCUCCAGCCAGCGCUCCCUGACAAAAGGCCUUUCAGAGAGCAUGUCGCGUGUCCCUGGUGAAUCCUCAACUGACAGCCAGCCAAGUGCCGUUCCAGGUCCCACCCCUCCCAGGGACGAGGGCAGCAUGUCGGCCGGCAGGAGACCAGAUGCAGGGCCCUCCUGCCCCACACCCUCCCCCUCCACCAGCAGGUCCCCCUCCGGAGGAUCGGCCCCCGCCACCACCUUCCAGCUGCCUGCUCUCUUCAGCGGGCUGCGCGUGCUGAAGAAGGGGGCGUCGGGGGAGGAGAGGGAGAUCCAGCCGAGGGACUGUGACCUGGCCCUGCUGAGCCUGAAGAAGACGGUCAACAAGGCCAGGAUCCUCCCGGAGCAUGUCAGCACCUCCCCGGCCCGGAGGCGCUCCGAGCCCAAGCCGGUGACUGAAACCAAGAGCAAGCUGCUGGGCCAGCUGAACCAGCUGCUCAGCCUGGACGAGCCCCAGCCGGAGGACAGGCAGGAGGCUCCGCCAAAGACACUCAGGGAAGGGGAGCUCCCACACCCUGGCACCCCUCCGACAGGGGGCCGGACCACCUCGGAAGCUGCUCUCAACACCUUCAAGAGCCUCUUCAGUUCCAAGGCUGCCCAGAAGGAGCCUGAGGACCUGGAGGCUCUGAAGAGGAAGAUCAGGGCAGAGAAGGAGCUGCUGAAGUCCAUCUUUGAGAGAACCUCCAGGUCUUCCGUUACCGAACCCAGAAGUCCUGGCGAGGCUCAUUCGGAGAUCACCUCCCCCACAGACAGUGAGGACCGCACCCCUGGACGCCUGCAGGCGGUCUGGCCCCCUCCCAAGCCCAAGGAGGAGGAGGAGAAGGUGGGCCUACGCUACACCGAGGCAGAGCACCAAGCUGCCCUCCUCCAGCUGAAGAGAGAAUGCAAGGAAGAGGUGGAGACACUACAUGUGGAGUUUGGGCUGAAGAUCUUCGAGGUGCGUGGGGAGCAUGCUGUUGCGGUGGCCCGGCUGGAGAGCGUGGUAGCCCAGCUGCGGAGAGACCAGGCGUGCGGAGGUCAGGAGCGCGGUGAGCCCUGCGAGGCCAGUGUUACCACGGAAGAAGACCUUCCGCCUAGAACCUUCCGGAACGUGUGCGUCCAGACAGACCGGGAGAGCUUCCUCCGGCCCCCAGAGGGCGAGGCAGCCAGCCGGAGCCCGGGGCAGAACAGCCUGCCCAACAAACUCAACCUGGACUCCAUCAGCCACAGUCUGGGGGGCAAGGUGGAGCAGGCCUCGGGUCCCUCUAUACCCCCACCCCCACCACCCCCCCCUCCCUUCCCCGGCCAGUCCGGUGCCCCGCCCCCCCCACCUCCUCCAUGUUGGCAACAUGGCACCCCCCCUCCCCCACCCCUUCCUCCUGGGUGUGGCCCCCCGCCCCCUCCUCCACCACCCCCGCCCCCCCCAGGCUGCGGCCCCCCACCUCCGCCGCCCCCAGGCUGCGGCCCCCCGCCCCCUCCCCCCCCACCCGGGUGUGGGCCUCCUCCAGCCCCGCCCCCCCCAGCUGCGGCCCCCCGCCCCCUCCCCCCCCCACCCGGGUGUGGGCCUCCUCCAGCCCCGCCCCCCCCAGGCUGCGGCCCCCCACCCCCGCCCCCGCCGGCAGGUUUUGGGUUUGGCUCACAGGUGGAGAAGGCACCACGGAAACCGACCAAGGAACCGGCGUUGCCCAUGAAGCCUCUUUACUGGACCAGGAUCCAAAUCCAGGACAGCAAUAACAACACGCUGUGGGGUUCUCUGAAGGAGCCAGACAUCGUGAACACGGAGCAGUUUGAGGAGCUGUUCUCCAAAGCCACGCAGCAACCAAAGAAGAAGCCUCUCUCUGACACCUUCCAGAAGAAGACCAAAGCUAAGAAGAUUAUCAAGCUGUUGGACGGGAAGCGAUCUCAAGCCGUGGGCAUCCUGAUCUCCAGCCUGCACCUGGAGAUGAAGGACAUCCAGCAAGCUGUUCUGACUGUGGACAACUCCGUGGUGGAUUUGGAGACUAUCGAAGCGUUAUACGAGAACAGGGCCACCAGUGACGAACUGGAGAAGAUCAAGAAGCACUAUGACACGUCCAAGGAGGAUGAGGUGAAGCUGCUGGACAAGCCUGAACAGUUUCUGCAUGAGCUCUCCCAGAUCCCAGACUUCUCCGGCCGGGCGCACUGCAUCAUCUUCCAGCCGCUCUUCCAGGACAGCAUCUCCACCACCCUCCGCAAGGUGGAGAUCGUCUCGUCUGUGUCCAAAGGGCUCCUGGAGUGUGGCAGUGUGAAAGAGGUGAUAGGGCUGGUUCUGGCCUUUGGGAACUACAUGAAUGGAGGGAACAGGACCAGGGGCCAGGCUGACGGCUUCGGCCUGGAGAUCCUCCCCAAGCUGAAGGACGUAAAGAGCAGGGACAACCGGAUGAGUCUGGUGGACUAUGUGGUAUCAUACUACCUCCGCAACUUCGACGAGCAUGCAGGAACAGAGAAGAGUGUGUUUCCGCUGCCAGAGCCUCAAGACUUCUUCCUGGCUGCCCAGGUCAAGUUUGACGACCUCAUCAAGGACAUCAGGAAGCUGAAACGAGAACUAACCGCUUGUGAGAAAGACGUGGAGAAGGUCUGUGCUAACUCCUCAGAAGAACACCUACAUCCCUUCAAGGAAAAGAUGGAAGAAUUCAUCUCCAGUGGUCAGAAGGACCACGCAGCCGCGGACACCCGCCUCGCGGCCGCCCAGCAGAGUUUCCAGGACAUGGUGAGCUAUUUUGGCCUGAAGCCCAAGUCUGGGGAGAAGGAGGUGGCUCCCAGCUUUGUGUUCAUGCUGUGGUACGAGUUCUGCAGCGACUUCAAGAACACGUGGAACCGUGAGAACAAGAACAUCUCCAAGGAGAGGUUGAAGGAAGCUCAGGAGAACAUCAAGAAGAUCACAGCUGAGAAGAGGGUUGAAACCAAGAAGAUCAAUGCCAACAGUCUGAAAGAGAGGCUGCGCCAGAAGGAAGCAGGCGUGACCUCCAAAUGAGCAGCCUGAGGAAGAGAGCGACCGAUCGGAGAGAGACAACUGAAGGAGAAGAUAUGGCAGAUGAGAGUCUGGCUUCAUCCCUCUCCCCUUUACCUCCUGCCUCACACCCUACCUCCUGCCUCAUACACCAUACCUCCUGCUGCCCCCGUGCCCCCCUGAGAGGGUUCUCUUCCUGGGCCCCUGGAGGGUGUCCUGGUCCACUAGGGCCCACAUCCACUUUAGAACACUUGACCGGCCCUCCUCCAGUCCUCGACAGAGCAGCUGUCACAGUGAUGACUCUUGGCUGGGUGCUCCAGCCUUCCUGUGAGACGAGGGCUGGUCCAGUGUGACAGUAUGCUGUGUGUCGCAGCAUGCGGGUGUCCAUGUUGGAGAGCUCUGUGAGGUCGUCACCAGGGGAUGGUUUGCUCAGAGGAGAUAUCAUGAUGACCGACAGACACAGGAAAACAGGGGUUUGGAAUGAUGGAAGUAAUAUCCAUGAUUCCAGAGAGGAGCUUUAGUGGAGUCUUGCAUUACAUGUUGAUACGAGCAGGGCUCAGUUGUUAAAGUAUUUUAACAUAAGGAACAGACACUUGAUUGGGGGUCUUAAUGUUGAGUGUGUGUUGGGUGUGGUGUGUGGGUGUGAUGUUUGUGGGUUGGGUGUGUGUGUGUGUGUGAUGUGUUAGUGUGUGUGUGUGUGGUACAAUGUUUGACUGUACCAGACUGACCUCUCCUGGGUGAGGGAGAAGUCAAGACUUCAAACCCCCCCCCAUCCCUCCUUCACACACACGUGCACACACACACACGCACACACACAACAAAGGACCCGCCAUAUCUAGCCUAGAGCUCCCGUACAUUUUAGAAGUGUAUAGAAUAGUUAGUUCUUAGUAAUGAAUGUUGUUCAUGACAUAUGUACUGUCUGUCACGACCCUAAGCACUUUCCCGCUUGUAAGAGCUGUAGUAUGUGUUUACCAGCCUCUCUUAGGAUUGGCUGGAUGCUCCUUUAUCAAGUGUUAGCACUUUUCACAUCAGUUUCUACUACUAUGCAAUCAUUUGGUUUCCCAGGUUUGAUGAUGGGUAAGUUACAAUAUGUAAUGGAAAAGGCAUCAUCCAUUUUUCAUUUUUAGAGUAAAAGCUGUAAGAACAAAAUAUUUUUGACCCUUUUAUUGGUCUGGAAACGUUUAUGACUAACGCGUAAUGAGAGGGAUAAACCUCUAGUAUGGUCAUAUAUCAUGUACAUCAAAGAUUUAUUUUAUCCCAAAAUAAUUGUAUUGUUUUUGUUGUUGAGGCUGUAUUUUAGUAUUUGAUUUGGAAGUGUAAGGAAGCUGCAUGACAUUUCUUGGUUUGGGUGAGAUUCUUACUGAUAUCACUAAUGCUACAGGGUGAUGGUUGCUUUAUUAUAAAUGAUAUUUAUCUAUACUUAACUUAAAGCAAUGAUCUGGCUAGGUACAACAUGGUCUGUUCAUAGAUCUACAUAGAGCAUUUUAUACAUUGGUUAGUGGAAACUAUUGUGCAUAUCAGUUCAAGCCAUAACUGUAGCUUGAAACAUCAAGCUACUUACCUUACAACUGACGGAUCCCGCUGAGGGCCACGAAUGUUAAAUGGUUCCAUCAUUCAGACUGGCGUAUUCGGUUCCAUUUACAGGUGGAAAUUCUACUUUCCAUAUUUUCAGUGUGCCAUUAAACUACAAAUCAUAACACAAGUUGUAAAGUUUACCUUAAACGUUUUCCUAAAUUGAAUAGGAUCAUUCAAUUAAUUUAACUUCCCCAUUGUUUCACAUAUUACUGUUUAAGAUAUUAGUAGCUCCAGGAUAGUGUCUUGCGCUCCAAACCUCACUAUGAUUCAGUCACCGAAGGCUGAACAUGAUGAGCGGCCUUGACCGAAUUCUUGUUUAAACCUUAACACCCGUCUUUUCAGCUCAGUAACGUUACAGUAUCCAAAAUAAAAUGUUAAUUACAAA